AUGGAGCAACUACAAAAUAUGCUCAAUUUUACCAGUCUAUUUCACCCCGAUCACUUGUUCAGCUCUCAAAUAAAGACACGGGACGGGCUUAAAAUCCGGAUUGUUCGAGAGCAGUGGCUCUACGUUCCACGAAUGGAUGCCGCUUUUAUCUGGAAUCUGUCCAAACUCGGACGAAUCGGUUCGAGGCGGUUGCAAUUCGAUGACGAUUUUGCCGAUCGCCUUAAUUAUCAGUACACCGGUGUGCUUCUGUUCUUGUUUAUCGGCCUGAUCGGGGUCAGACAAUAUGUUGGAAAACCAAUCCAAUGCUGGAUUCCACAAGAGUUUACUCGUGGUUGGGAAGAGUAUGCCGAAAAUUAUUGCUGGGUAGCGAAUACCUAUUUCGCUCCCGUUCAAGAUCGAUUGCCACCGGUCCCAGAUAGACGUGAGCUACUCUUGGUCUAUUAUCAAUGGGCACCCAUUGUGAUGGCCGCUCAAGCCCUUCUAUUCUAUUUGCCCUGUUUGACCUGGCGUCUGGGUAUGGCUCAUUCUGGAUUCAAUUUGCACCGGAUUUUACAAAUGGCCGCAGAAGCGAAUGAAAUGGUGCCCGAAACUGCGGCCAAAACCGUAGCCAUUCUUUCGCACUAUAUAAAAAAUUGUAUUCAACGACAAAAAGUUUGCACACGUCGUACUUCCAGGUGCUGUCGCAUUGGCAUGUAUUGUCGUCUUAUGUCCGACGCGCAGGUAACCCGUUGUGGUCCAGGUCAGCCAAACUGCGCGUUGAAUGGAAAUCGUGUUGGACUGUUGGAACGGUCCACUUUAACCACUGUGGAUGAGGUUUCGUUGGGUAAUUCACAUAGACCAACGGGACUCAAUUCAAGAGAUUCAAAUCAGACAUCCAGUGGAGACGAUGUGCCUUGUGGUAACCCAUCUGGCCCAGGUCGAGGUUCAUCCAGUCUGGAAGGAGCAAAUGCCGAGACAGAUCGACAAAAGCCUUAUCCCGUCAAAGUUGCUCCCAGUGGACCUGAGCAGACGGGAUAUGGUGCAUUGCCGGGUAAAUCUUUUUUCUUAUAA